CUAAACUUAAUCUUGUCUAAAGACAAGGAGAGACUGAAAUGAUGAUGCUCGGAGAAGGAAACCAUCACAGGCCAACCGUCGAUGUCGCUCCCUGGAAUCUUUUUGACGAUUCCUCCGCCGCAGGCGGUAUGAAUUUCUGUCUCCCAGUGAGCGGCGUCUCCGCCAACGGCAAUGGUGGUGGUGGCGGCGCCGCUUCUGAAGGAGACUAUUCUUCCUUACUGUUUGGGGAAACGCUCGCCGCACUGCAACGCUACCUUCCCUCCAACGACAUUGAUCCCGAUUCUGAUUUACUGGGUCGUGAAGCCGAUAUGCCACUGGGGCCUUUCUCUACGGACGAGUUUCGCAUGUACGAGUUCAAGGUUCGCCGGUGCGCACGAGGUCGGUCUCACGACUGGACCGAGUGCCCGUACGCUCAUCCCGGCGAGAAAGCUCGCCGCAGAGACCCUCGUAAGUUCCAUUACUCUGGUACUGCUUGCCCUGAUUUCCGUAAAGGUAGCUGCUCGAGAGGCGACUCCUGUGAGUUCGCGCAUGGGGUAUUUGAGUGCUGGCUUCACCCAGCGCGCUAUCGUACGCAGCCUUGCAAGGAUGGUACCAAUUGUCGCCGUCGUGUCUGCUUCUUCGCCCACACUGCUGAGCAGCUCCGUGUGCUUCCGCAGCAGAGCCCCAGAACUCCGACUGAUUCGUUUGAUGGAUCUCCACUUCGUCAUUCUUUUGAUUCUUACUUGGUUAAGAAUGCUCUGUUGUCAUCUCCCACUUCUACCUUGAUAUCUCCUCCCCUUUCCCCUCCUUCGGAUUCCCCGCCCAUGUCGCCCAGCAGUCCCCUGAGUCGAUCCUUUGGGUCCAAUUCCAUCAACGAGGUAGUCGCUUCUCUGCGUCAUCUGCAACUUAACAAGGUGAAGUCGUCUCCCUCCUCUUGGGGUGUUCAGAUGGGUUGUGGGUUUGGUUCGCCGAGGGUAGGUGUAGGUUCGAGUCUCCGUCCUGGGUUCUACAGUUUGCCAUCGACCCCUACUCAGGCUCCGACUCGGGGUGGGACGAGUUAUCUGGAUAUCUGGGAGAGGGGUUGUGGUGUGGAGGAAGAGCCUCCAAUGGAGAGGGUUGAAUCUGGGAGGGAUCUACGAGCCAAGCUCUUUGAGAAGCUGAGCAAGGAGAACUCACUGGAACUGGUUGACUCGUCAUCUACGGCCCCAGAUGUUGGCUGGGUGUCGGAGUUGGUGAAGUGAAAUCAUCAAGAGUUGUGAAAUUCUUUCCCUUUUUUGUUGAUCUAUUUUGGGUUCAAUCUGUUGCCCUGAUUUUUGUGAUUGUGAAUAUCGAAGAAAGACAAGACGAUUUGUAGUAGUACUCCGAAAGAUUGAUGUAAAUAGCAGAUGCUGGUUGCUGUGAAGGGCCUCUUUCUGGGGGGUUUUCUGGGAAGAUCAAGGAGAAGGAACAAAGAAGCAAUAUCAACUUGUAUAGAUGAUGCAGGAUUUCCUGUAAUGGCCGAAGGAGAUCGGCUGAAAAUGAUGGUCUUUUAAUUUUUUUUUUUGCUGUUCUACAUUGUCCAAUGUCUGAUCCUCUAUUGUAAAAAAUCUGGAGUUCUUAUUUUGAAUCAAUUACUGAAAUAUAUUUUCUCUAUAA